CGGGGAAGAAUCUCACCGAAGGGGCCCAAAGCCACCGGAGGAGCCUGAAGAAGCUGCUGGAGAUGCCUGAAGCCACUGAGGAGCCGAAGAAGUCAACUGAGAAGCUGCUGAUGAACUAUAAAGAAAUCUGCCAGCUUGAAAAUCUCUUUGGCUCCACCCAGUUACCGAUAGGGCAGUGAGCUGAAGGGUAUGACCCUCACACAGAAACAUAUAAACUGCCCCAUCCAACUGAGUCUGCACAGUGUCCAGUCUGCACCAUGGGCUGUAGAACUCUCUGCCUGUCUCUGCUUUUGCUAGUGGCCGGAUCCUACGCCCAACAAUGCACUCUGAUAACACCAAGCUUGCUACGUGUAGAGACAGAAGAGACCAUUGUGGUAGAUGCUCAAGGACACAACUCUGCAUUUGAUGCCAACAUCCUUAUCCAGGACUUCCCUCAGAAGAAACUCAGUCUUGCAUCAGCCAAAGUCUCCUUGAAUAAUAGCAAUGGGUUUCUUGGAAGUGGCACAGUAAAGAUUCCCUCUGACCAACUCCCCAAAGAGACAAGAAACAAUCAGUUUGUGUAUGUCAGUGUGAGCUCCGGUUCAUGUACACUGGAGAAGGUUGUGCUGUUGCAAUACAGCAGCGGCUAUAUCUUCAUUCAGACAGACAAGACUAUCUACACCCCAGGAUCUAAAGUAAUGUACCGAGUUUUCUCCAUGAACUACAAGAUGUAUCCAGUGGCAAAACCAAUGGUCAUCGAAUUUGUGAACCCAGACGGCAUUGUUGUGAUGAGAGAGUCCAUCCACCCUGCCAGUAAAUCGGGGAUCUUGUCUGAGACACAUGAUCUGCCUGAACUUGUGAGCCUCGGGGUAUGGACCAUCUCAGCAAAGUAUGAAGACACCCCUCAGCAGAAUUACACCACCAAUUUUGAGGUGAAGGAAUACGUGCUGCCUACAAUAGAAAUAAUUCUGAAACCAGAAAGUAGUUUCUUUUAUACUGAUGCUAAGACAUUUUCAGUGAAUAUUGAGGCACACUACCUGUUUGGGAGGCCUGUGGAAGGACACGCGUUCGUGCUCUUUGGGGUACAGAAGGACGGCAGGAAGACAGGAAUUCCAGAGUCUCUAGCGAGAGUACAGAUUAAUGAAGGUGAAGGUCGUGUGGAGCUUGAAGGGGAACACAUUCGGAAGACUCUUAACACCACCGAGGAGAUGUUGCAAUACAAGUUAUAUUUGACGGUUUCCGUAGUCACUGCAACAGGCACCGACAUGGUAGAAGCUCAGUUGGAGGAAAUCUAUAUUGUCACAUCACCUUACAAAGUCUUCUUCACCAAAACCCCUCAAUAUUUCAAGCCUGGAUUGUCUUUCGAUGUGAUGGUGUUUGUAACCAAUCCCGAUGGUUCUCCAGCUAAAGGCAUCCCUGUUGUGGUCCAGCCAGGAGGUAUUUCUGGGGUUACUCAGACUGAUGGAACCACUAGGCUGCCCAUGAAUACACCUCCGGACACAAAUGAACUGCACGUAACUGUAAGAACAGAGCAGGAAGGGUUGCCGCCCCAGCACCAAGCAAAUGCAACUAUGACCGCUACGGCCUACGGUUCGGAAACUGGAAAUUACCUGCACAUCAACAUCGCGGAGUCAGAAAUAACGCUCGGAAAAGGUCUCUCAGUGAAUUUUUUCAUCAAAAACUCGGACCCUCGCUUUCAGGAACAAAUCCAACAUUUCACCUAUUUGGUCCUGAGCAGGGGGCAGAUCAUAAAGGUGGACAGGCAGGCACGGUUAUCUGAUCAGCCCGUGGUCGCCAUGUCUCUGCUUAUCACUGAGGACUACCUACCAUCUUUCCGUAUUGUGGCCUAUUACAUGGUGACAACAGCCAAAGGACGUGAUAUUGUGUCUGACUCUGUCUGGGUGGAUGUGGUAGAUAGCUGCAUGGGCACGCUGGAGGUAACCGGAUUAAAGGACAAGGACAACGCAGUCCAAAAACUGCCGGCAACCGUGCAGCUAAAGCUCAGAGCCGACCACAAGGCCAACGUGGGACUCGUGAUUGUGGAUAAAGGGGUCUUUGUGCUGAAUAAGAAGUUUAAACUCACUCAGAGUAAGAUAUGGGAUUCAGUGGAGAAGUCAGACAUUGGUUGUACUCCAGGAAGCGGCGUUGACAGCCCAGGGGUAUUUUAUGAUGCUGGACUUACUCUACACACCUCUUUUGCUAUUACUACUAUUCAAAGAAUUAAACCUUAUUGUAAAGUUCCCGGGAAGCGCAAACGGCGGUCAACUGCGGCGAUCAUCGAAAUUAAAGCUGGCAAAGCUUCAGAAUACAAGGACAAGGUGAAACAGUGCUGCCUGGAUGGGAUGCAGGAGAACCUGAUGGGCCACAGCUGUGAGCGACGUACCCGCUACAUCUUGGAUGGGAAGGAAUGUGUGGACGCUUUCCUGGACUGCUGCAAAUACUAUGAGAAGAGGAGGGAAGAUGAGAGGAAGAGUAAAGAUGAGGAUACUCUGGCAAGAAGUGAUGAGGAUUCUGAUUACAUACUUGAAUCCGAAAUCGACGUCCGGUCGGAAUUUCCAGAGAGCUGGCGAUGGGAUGUUGUGGAAAUGAGAGAAAAUCCUGAUAAACAGAACAUUUCAACCAAGAUCAUAAAUUUAAACCUGAAAGACUCGAUCACAACCUGGGAGGUUCUGGCUGUGAGUUUGUCUGAAAACAAAGGUCUGUGCGUGGCUCCUCCCCAUGAGAUUAAGGCAAUGAAGGAUUUCUUUAUCGACCUAAAACUGCCUUAUUCUGUUGUGAGGAACGAGCAGGUGGAGAUCCGAGCCGUUGUCCACAACUAUAACAGCAACAGGAUUAAGGCGCGAGUGGAGUUCAGCUAUAAUCCGGAGUUUUGUAGUUUGUCCACCGCCAAGAAGAAGUUCCGGCAGGAGGUUUGGGUUGGUGCCGAGUCCUCUGCUGUUGUUCCCUUCGUCAUUGUGCCGCUCACCAUUGGCCAGCAUGAUGUAGAAGUGAAGGCCUCGGUCUAUAAGCAUUUUUUUUCAGACGGAGUCCGUAAGACGCUUAAAGUUGUGCCCGAAGGAGUGCUUCUUACAAAAACAUUGAGUUCCGUGACUUUAGAGCCAGAGGUAAAAGGAAAAGAUGGGGUCCAAGAAGUCAACAUUGGGGCGCUGACCGCAGAGCAUAUCGUUCCCAGGUCGGACGUUGACAUCAAGGUCAUUUUACAAGGGUCUCCAAUCAGUCAGUUGGUGGAGAGCGCCAUCGAUGGCAUCAAUCUGCAUCCCUUAAUUCAAAUUCCAACCGGAUGUGGGGAGCAGAACAUGAUGAGAAUGACUACUAAUGUCAUUACUACACGGUACCUUGAUGCAACUGCACAGUGGCAGCGAGUUGGAAUGGACCGCAGAGUAGCAGCUAUCCGCAACAUUGCAAAGGGUUAUCAGGAAGAACUGGUUUAUAGGAAACCCGACGGCACCUUUGCAGCAUUUAAAGACAGGCCAUCCAGCACGUGGCUCACAGCGUACGUUGCUAAAGUGUUUGCCAUGUCCUACGAAUAUACACAGAUUGAGGAUAAUGUUCUCUGUGGUGCAAUCAAGUGGUUGGAGAAAAAGAUGCAAAAUGGAAUGUUCAUAGAGAGUGGGCCUGUCAUCCACAUGGAGAUGGUGGGGGGAAAUAAAGCAGGAGCAGCAGAGCCAGACGCAGCCCUCACAGCCUUUGUGCUCAUCGCUAUGUUAGAGAGUCGGGAGCUUUGUACCCAACAACUCACUAGCCUGGGAGAUUCUAUUAAUAGGGCCACCGACUUCCUGAGGGGUAAAUAUUCUCAACUGCGCAAACCGUAUUCCAUCGCAAUCACCUCCUACGCGCUGGCAUUGGCCGGGGAGCUCCAGGACACAAACACACUAAUGAAUGCAGCCACAGACAAGACCCACUGGAAUGAACCAGAUUCAUUGUUUAUCAGCCUGGAGGCCACAUCAUACGCUCUUCUGACCCUCCUUAAAAUGAAGCAGCACGAUCCAACCGGUGCCAUAGUGCGUUGGCUAAAUGAGAAGAGAUAUUAUGGGGCAGUUUUCAACUCCACACAAGCUACCAUUAUAAUGUUCCAAGCUCUGGCUCAGUAUCAGAUAGAUGUGCCAAGAAUCGAUGACUUGGACCUGGACGUAUCCCUCUACCUCCCUGAGAAACAAGACCCCAUAAAUGUCCGAAUCGAUCUUGAGAAUGCAAUACUGGCGCGUUCCACCGAGACCAAGAUAAAUAAAGACUUUGUUGUUAAAGCAAAAGGCAAAGGACAAGCUCUUCUGACAGUAGUGUCAGUGUUUCACAGUCUGGAAACGGAGAAGCAAAUGGAAUGUAACAACUUUAAUCUCUCUGUGAAAGUGGAGGAAGAGAAGAACAUGAAGCUCCCUGAUGGUGUUGUGGCCAUAGUGUCUGUGGAAGUCUGUGCAAGAUAUCUCAAAGAUUCUGAUGCCACCAUGUCCAUCAUGGAUAUCUCAAUGAUGACUGGCUUCUCUCCUGAUACUGACUCCGUUAAUAAGCUAAUGAAAGGAGCGGACAAAUACAUCUCCAAGUAUGAAAUCAACAAAGGAGCAACUGAGAGGGGAACCAUUAUUCUCUAUUUAGAUAAGAUCUCCCACACGGAGCCAGAAUGUGUGAAGUUUUACGCUCACCAGUAUUUUGUGGUGGGUCUCGUUCAACCUGCUUCUGUGACAGUGUAUGACUAUUAUACUCCCGAGAACCGCUGCACAAAAUUUUACCACACUGAGGAGAGCAGUGCUCUGUUUGGCAAGUUAUGCCAGGGGGACGUAUGUCGCUGUGCAGAGGAGAACUGUUUCUUGCAGAAGCAAAUUAAGGAUGAAGUGACAGCCAGAGAGAGAAUGGAUAUGGGCUGCGCCCCGGGUGUGGAUUACGUGUACAAGGCUUCUGUCAAGGAGGUUCAGUACCGUGAGAGCUACGACAACUAUGUGCUGACAGUUAUAUCAGUGAUUAAAGCAGGUACAGAUCAGGUUGGUGCAGACGAGGAACGUAACUUCAUCAGUCACAUCAAAUGUCGGAAAGCUUUGGAUCUGAAGGUCGGCAAAGAUUACCUGAUCUGGGGUAUCACCGGGGACCUUUGGAAACAGCCUGAUGGAUAUUCCUAUAUCAUCGGCAAAGAUACAUGGAUUGAGUGGUGGCCCAAUGAGAGGGACUGUCAGCGACGUGAGAACUAUGAUAUCUGUGAUGUAUUUGAAGAUUUGUCUGACAACCUCUUGAUUGCUGGCUGCCCCAACUGAAGCCGAUUUGGACCCCUUUCAGAUUUCCUCCGGGCACCUUUUAUCAGCUGCUUCAUUUUGUAAAUUGUGUUUCCAUGUUUUAUGUUGAAUAUAAAUAAAGACUUCAUCUUAUUCUUCUGCUUCAGAAGGAAUAGUUAAUCAAAUUGCCAGUUAUAUAGAUCGGUUAUAGAGAUAAGACCUCUGUAUAAUGAGUUCCAUCUGGGACUAGGAGAAGAGAGGGGUCUGUUUAAACAGAGUUCAUUAUCUCUAUAACCACUAUCCCCCCCGAUAAGGGUGUAUAUAUACUGUGAACUGCUAAAGGGGGAAAACAGUUUGAAGGGAGAUAUAUUUCCCCGAGGUUCAUUUCCUACUCCCAAAGUUAACCCUUCUUUUUUUUUUUUUUUAUACAGUUAAUGAUUUUAUGAGGAUUAGUCUUACAUUGUGUAGCAAUUAGCCCCUUGAUUUUCAUCAUUUCUAAAUGCCUUUCUGCCGCUCUAGGUCGUAGAUUCUGAACAAUUUCCACCAGUUUCCUAACCUUUAUCUUACUGUCACUCAUGAACCUGUUAGUGUGGGAAUUAAUUAUAGUAAAUGUAAUAUGUAGAUAGUAAGCUCUUUUGUUGUAGAGUGUAAGCUCUUUUGGGCAGGGCUUCCCCUCCUGUAUCGGUUAUUGAUUGCUUUAUAUGUUACUCUGUAUGUCCAAUGUAUGAAACCCACUUAUUGUACAGCGCUGCGGGAUAUGUUGGCGCUUUAUAAAUAAAUGUUAAUAAUAAUAAUAGUAAUAAAAUGCAGAAUGAUCAUCCACCGGUA